AUGAAGGACGGGCGCCUGGUCCGUCAGAAGAAGGCCAUGCUUCGCGCCAAGAGCGACGGAGUCGCGGCCGAGGUUGAAGUGCACGUGGAGGGAGACACGGCAGACGGGCGCUUCGUGGACGAGAUCUACCGUCGAGGCUUGACUCCAGAGGACCUCGACGAGGCGCUGCGUCAGGCGGAAACGCAGGGGUUCAAGGUGGUGCGCCACAACGACUUCGCCGCCUUCAGCGCCUACCUCGCGGACGCGACGCAGUCCCUCCAGAGACAAUUCGAAGCCAGAUCUCUCGACUUCGAAUCCUUCUUCACCUGGCAGAACCUGAUCCGCUUCAGCAAGGGCCAGGUGCCCCUCACCCCGAAGAGCGCGGCCGCCGCCGCUGCCGCAGGCAAAGCCGCCGCUGCCGCCAAAGCCGCGCGCGGAGGCAGGCGGGGUCGGCCCCCGACGUCCGCGGCGGCGGGGGGGCGCGGUCGACCCCCCCUUGCCUCACGGCCUGCCGGCGACGGAUUGCGCCAGCGCACGCUUGACGGGGUUUUCGGGGUGGCGAGGAGUGGCGAAGACGGCGCCAGUGGCGGCGGCGAGGCGGAGGGUAAUUGCCCCGCUGUCGGCGGUGCGCGGGGUCGAGAAGAAACUGCAGAAAGCCACGCCCCGAAGGCCGCGUCGACGCGGGAGGGUGCCAUCGACAUCGACGGGUCCCCCGACCCCGGUUCAGCCUCCGACUCUUCCGACGGCUGCAGCGUCGUCGAGGUAGUCGUUCGCCCCAUCGAUGGAGGCGGUGGUUCCGGUUCCGGCUCUUCUGCCGGUAGCGGUAGUGGCUCGACCUCAGGUAGCAAGAGGAAGGCGGCGCCAGCGGUGGCGGCGGGAACCUCAUCAUCAUCCAUCGCAGGUGGAGGCGUCUCCUCCGCAGCUGCUGCUGCUGCUGCUGCUUCCAGCGUCAGCAGAACAUCGCCGAUAGCUCUGUCCCCGUCAGAACCAGGAGCGGCGGCGGCCUCGUCGAGAUCAGUUCUUCACGGGGGGGGCGGGGCGGAGGACUCUCCGUUGCCGACGACGUUGGGAAGGAGGGCCGGGGGGCAGAGCGGUAGCGUAGGCCGGAACUCGAGCAGGCGCAGCAAGCGCCCUCGGCCGGCGGACGAGGGUAGUCGUGGCGGAGACGGUUCUUCCUCUCCCCUCCAGUCUUGCGCGCAGGGCAUCAGCGGUGGUGGUGGGAGUGAGUGGGGCGGUGUAGAAGGGACAAGAAACAAGAAGGCGCGGUCGCUCUCUUUCGUAUUAGACGACGAGGACGACGAUCGAAAAGGUGGCGGUGGGAGAGGCGGCGACGGUGAUCUGCGGCAGGCGAAUGGCUCCGGGAGCGCCAGCAGUAGCGGCGGUGGGAAGGGGUCUGGAUCGUCGUUUGGUUCCUUGCCCUCUGCCGCUUCACGUUCGGUUCACGACGGGGGCGGCGGCGGCGUCGGCGGUGUCGUGGACCUCAGCCUGGAUAGCCCGUCGCCCCCUGUGCCGCCGCGCUCUCGGCCUCGAACCGCCGUUUCGCCGCCGAGACCGACCUCCUCGAGCGGCGGGGGAGUAAGCGGAGGGACAGGAACGGACGGUAUCGUUCUAGAAGCGUGUUCUUCGGACGAUGAAUUUUCCUUGUAG